AUGAGAAAUCCUUUAUCAGAACAGUUACAUAAUUGGGAAAACAUUUACACUUCUAGUACAAUAUUGGAAUGGAUUGCUGACGGAGUCAAAUUUCCAUUUACAAGUGAAUGUGCUUCAUUUGAAUUACCUAAUAGACAAUUUAAUUUGAAAGAAAUCGACUUCAUUAAGAAAGAGAUUGCUGAUUUACUCUUGUUAGGUUGUAUUGAACAAUGCGAUGUUAAACCAUUUUGUGUUUCACCCAUAAAUUGUGUACCAAAAAAGAAUGGCACUUUUCGCCUUAUCACUGAUUUGCGUGAAGUAAAUAAGUUUUCUACACCACCAAAAUUCAAAUAUGAAGAUAUUGAAACUGUUAAAAAAUGUAUUUUACCGUCGGAUUAUAUGCAUGGCAGAACGGCAUCACAAUCACAGCAUCUUAUUUGUCGGAACAGACAAUUGGCAAGCCGACAUGUUAUCGCGCCUUCACUCAACGUACGAGUGGAUGCUCCACCCAAAAUUAUUUCAGUGGAUCGACCAGAUAUGGGGACCUCACACGAUCGAUCGUUUUGGGUCCAUGAUGACCACUCAACUUCCAACUUACAAUUCCUUAUUUUGGGAUCCGCUAACGUCGGGCGUAGAUGCACUCGCUCAAAAGGAUUGGAACUUGCACAACAAUUACGUGAACGCUCCAUUUGCUUUACUUCCGAAAAUAUUAACACUUUUGAUAGAUCAACAAGCCGAGGCUACAGUAAUAGCACCUUGGUUGCAAGGUCAGCCAUGGUUCAAUCUUUUGAAAAGAAUGUCAGUGACCAGUCCGAUACCUUUGGCGCUUUCAAACAGAACUGUGAUUCGUGUUGGACCGAAAGCAGAACCGCUAAAGAACCCAAUGUGGAAACUUUACGCGUGGAGACUAUCUGGUCAACAAGAUUACGCGUAUUAGGUUGGCAAAGUACAGUAGCAAAAACAGUGAGUUUUAGUAUCGCUCCUACAACAUUAAAAACUUAUAAUAAAUGUAUUAACCAGUAUGUGCAGUUCUGUAGACAGCAUCAUGUAGAUUUUUCAGACAAUACAAAUACUGCUACUUUGGCUAAAUUUUUGUAUGAACAGGCCAUAAAGACUGAAAGACCUGAGUCAAGUUUGAAUCUCACAUCCGCGGCAAUUACCUUUUUGUUUGAAGCUCUCGGAAAGUCAUCACCAAUGCACAACCCAGAUAUUAGGAGGUUAAUAGUAGGGUUGGUGAAGACUGGAACUAAGAAACCUAUGAAACGUAAUUCUCCAAUGCCAAUUCAACCGUUUGUGGAUCUGUUUCAUAAAUGGGGAGAUAAUGCAUCAUUAACUUUAAAACAAUUACGUCAGAAAACAUUGACAAUUAUGGCAUUUACGUUCAUGGCACGACCUUCAGAUUUAGCACCGCGUAGUGAAAUUCUUAAUUCUGACUCAUCAUCAUUAGAGUCUAUAGUUCUAUCACUGACUGAUGUUACUUUUGAAGAAGAUGGACAUUUGACAAUUAAUUUCUGGGGAAUUAAAAAUGACACCAACAGACAAGGUUUUCGCGUUUCUGUACCCUCAAAUAGUGAUACACUAAUGGAUCUUGCAACAUGCUUGCAAGAAUAUGUGACGCACCAUGACAUUUUGGGUCCAAAUUCGGCGUUACGUCAUUUGAGAAAACAUCGAUUAAAGUUACGUCACAAAAAAAAUGGUGGACGUUACCACGUGUUCGCGGCAAUUAAUGCAUUUCUUGUUUUCAAUAAUACUCUACCUUGCCACAAGAAGAAAAUGAAGUGACAUUUAUAAACCUUUCCGUAUUUUGCAAUUCCGUUUCUUUAAAAAUUUCAAAUGAUUGAUAAUUUACCCCCCUUUGAAUCGACACGCCAUUUGUAAACAUGGAAGGUCGCGGAGAAAAUGAAACUACCAAAAACAAUUAUUUGAUGAUUCAUUUCGAUUGUAUAAAGAAUGACAGUUAGCGAAUCUCAAGAUCAACCACUGAGGAUUGUUUGGCUUGAUGCAAUGACCUUAAACAGUGAAAUGAUUUUCCAAGAAGGUCUAUACACAACAAGCUGGAUUUUAUGGGGUGAGGAAAGAACUAUCAAUAUGUAAAUGGGAAUGAAACAAGGAAUUAAUAUGUUCUACUGAUCAUCCAGCGGAAAUCAUGCCUGUGGAACAGAAUGCAUGUCACAGAUACUGAUAUGAGCAAAUAACUCCAUAUUGCACAAAUAAGGCCAUGUUUCCUGCCCUCAUGACCUGAAAAAGUUAAAAAUUCUAGUUCAAAUUACAAAUGUGUUUCAAGAAAAAGUAAACUUAGUCAACUGUGAGAAAUAUUGGGUAAAAGUAGUGUUUUGAUGUCAUGACAGCUGUGAAGUUGUUUGAGAAGCACUAUCCUAAUUGUUCUAUCAAUACAGAAUUUAACUUAUAAAUUUUCCAAAACUGCAUGCAUGAAAUACUAAGACAGUCACAUGUCUGUUGAAUGAAUCCUAGUUGUUUCAAAGCUACAACAUGUGUGACAUUAAAGCACAACCUUUGGAGGAAACUUUUUUACAAUAAAAACUGCCUUGGCUUGCCAGUGUGAGUGUAGGAAGGAUUUUUCCAGAAAUGGCAGAAAACUACCAAUAUAGCAGAAAAUAUUUGUUACUGGCUAAAUAUAAUGUAUUUUAUUUCAAGAAUUAAUCAUGUUAAUCCAUGGUUAUAAUUGUGUUAUAAGAUAUUUUUACAUGACAUGACCAUUGCAGAAAUAGCUAAUUUUUUUGCAAAACAUUGUGAGUUGCCAUGGUAACACAAAUUUGAAUUAAAAUAAUUUAGAUUUGUUUGAUUAUGUAAACAGCAUGUGUCUUGUUUAUAUUCUGCUAAUCAGACUAUGUUCUGCAAGAAAAUAUCUUUUAUAUAUAUCAGGAAAGUAUGUAGUUCUCAAAGACGUUAUAUUACAUAAAAUGGUGUUUGUUUUUUUAUAAAUGAUCAUAAUUGACCAUUUGUGGUGUAAAACAAAUGUAUACUGAACAGAUGCUAAAUGAAUAUUCUGAUUAUUUCUGGAAAAUUUACAAAAAACUACUAUUUUAAGAAAAUAGUGCACUGUUGCCAUGGUAACAUUACUUUAACUUUUAAAUUAUUUUGGAUAUCAUCAUAUGUAAACAACAUCUUUUUUGUUUAUAUGUUAUAUAUGUUAAGCUGUAUUAUGUUAGUGAAUAUACUUAGUAUCUUCAUAUGUAAUAAUUGCAUCAACAAAGCACUAUGUUAUUACACAAGCCUGCCUUAAAAUGGCAAUAGUUGUAACUGAGAGAGGUGUAUCUGAAAAUUAUGUAUUUCUCAAACCAUAUUACAUUAAUUUUCAUGGAAUGAUGUCUACUCUCUUACUUUUAAAUAAGAAAACAGACAGCUUUUGAUGUAAAUAUAUGGAAAAACACUUCCAAUAUUCAACUUAAUACAAAGAAAUUGCCAAAAAUGUUAGUAUUUUUGUAAGAAAAUACCACAUUGUUGCCAUGGUAAUGUUAGUAUUUUUGUAAGAAAAUACCACAUCGUUGCCAUGGUAAUGAUUCACUGAUCAGUAUAUCUAAGUCUUUUGAAAUUUUAGCAAACUCACAGUUGAUAAUAACAGUCUAAUAAUUAUAUCUUCUUGCCUGAUUUUCUUUCUUACUGUUUAAUAGAUAAGGUGUCUAUAAUAAUAAGAUUAAUGUCCUAGUUUUUGGGAUGUUGUCUAAUUUGAUAUCAAAUAAAUUCUGUAUCUUAUUCAAAAGAAUGUCAUAAAACAGUUGUCUGUAAACUGUUUGCACACUAGAAAAAGUUAAUUGUAUAUUUAUUUCACAUUCUAUGUAAUUUAUUGCUAGAUUCAUCAAGAGACUGUUAAAAAAGAGGUUAAACGACAGUGUUGCUAUAGAAACGAUUUUUAGAACAUAAAUAUUUUUAUACUACAUGAAAGAAAGAGACAAAAAGAAAUAUAUACCAUUAAUUGCAUGUUGCUUUUGUUAUUUUAUCAUGUAUUUUAUUUUGAUAUUAUUUAAAUAUGGUGUCAUUAUUAAGAUAUACUACCUCAAUUUUGAUACAGUUAGACAAAAACAUAGUGUCCGAAUAGUGGUAAUAUCUCCAUGACGACGACUGAUUUUUGUUGUCAAAUUGAAGAUUUUUACUCAGAACGGGUCAGUCUGUCAGAUUAGCCCAAAACCCCAUUUUUGACCAAAAUUGCAUUUGGACCCAAAAUCUCAUGCUCUGUCACAUAUAUUCACAGAACUGAACGCUAUCGACCUACCGAUAAACUUCCAUUGUUUUUAACGCUUAAAGAGCC